UGUCGUUGAAAUUUUGCCAGGUGAACGGCGUUCGAUCGUUGCGCAAACGAUUUCUGCAUUUCAUUGUCUCGAUAAUUUCGAGGAUCGCGCGGGUGGAAGCGACACCUUGUCGCUGGUGAUAGAAAAAUUUCAAAUCGCCCGAUAAAUUCGUUCGAGCAAUUCACUCGAACGCUCUCAUUUGGCACGGCUCGCAACGAGCGCGCUGUACACGAAAAAAUCACGGUGCUUUCACGUCGAUCGCCGCUCGACUGCGGGAACGUUUGCCGCGCGAGAAAAAAAUGAGGCAGGCGAUCGAAGCCCUGCAAUAAUUUCAAUCGAGAGAUCUCUUCACUCGGAACCUGCGGGCGUGCGUGUCCCUCGAUAAACUUUGAGGACGUACACCACCGCGGACAGACGAAGGAAACUUCAGCCGUCCGUGAAAUCGCCGGUGAGCGCGCGCGCGCGCGGGUAAGUGAAAAGCGAGCAUCGACAGAAUUUUCGGAAGAGGAAUCGCGGAGGCAGCGACGUCUUCGUCCGAGACGACUCGUCGUAGGGUCGUCGGGAUAUCGGUCUUUGCCCGAUCGGGAAUAUCGUCGUUCGGCUUUCAGCGGGGUCCGGAGCAGACGGACUCAUUAAGACGCAUGAACGCCGAUCGAUUGUCGGUUCGAGAGGGCAACGCUCUCUUGACGCUUUCACCUUGCAUUGUGUUUCCCUUUUUCUUAUCGCACAAAUGAACACAACCGACGAACGAAGCGCACGAAAAAUAUAACACUCGGCGGUCCGGUCGUUCGGUGGUCGGUCGGUGGGAGUCGGUGAAAAUUACAAAGAAACGACGAGAGUCGUGACGAAAUCUUAACUACGGACGACCGUUUGUGGGAGGAUAAUUUCAUUUGCAUCUCGUUCGACAACGUAAUAGCCUCUGUUGCCUUAUGAUACGCGCGAGAAAAAUGAGCGUCGUGUUAUUGCCGCCGGACGACACCGACGUGGGAAACGAGCAAUUUUACGAAGGUAUAUCGGGGGUACGCCCGAAUCCACGGAGAUACGGAAGGGUGCUGGGGAAUGUUUCGUUCCUCCGUAUCCCGAUAUUCGAGGAAUAUUUUUUACAUUACGUUGUAUAAUCCGGUAACGCGCACCGCCGCUCAUUAUGCGUCCGGACAAAAAAAAAAUCCUAGCGCCUCAUAACGUCAAAACUCGUAGAAACGUUGCGUUUGGAAACGUUACCCAGUCAACCGGGCGUAAAUAUGACACGGGGGAGACAAGAUCUUGGAAACGUCAACGCCAAGCGGAAGUGACGGUUAGCCGCCUCAAUCCUAAUCCACUGUAUUACGCACGUUCUAUACACCGUGUAAAUGUGCACCACGCCGUGUCAUGGUGUAAAUUAAUAAAAUCCCGAUCAUCUACCCAACAACGAACUCUUAUGAAUACCUACAUAGAAUUCGACAAGUCGAUCAUAAUCGGGGAUGAUAAAGUCCAAGAGAGCGAGUGGGACGCGAAAUAUCUGGGGUGGUAGUAAACGCGAGUGUCGGCGAGGCGCGCACCGAGCCACAAGUUACAUAAAACGGACGGUUUAGGUAAUAGCAGCCAGGCGAUUGCGGCGCAAUUUUUCAUUCUACCUCGCUAAAAGGCUGGCAACAUUCGCGGCUGCGACGUAGUGGGGAAUAAUCGGCUCCACCUCCGUUCGAUCGAGUCGAUAUAAAGGUGGCGAUCGGGAGAGGCCGACCAUUUGGUGAUAAGUGAUGUGGAUCGUCAAACGAGCUUAAAAUAGGUAGAAAUACGUCCGUGGAGUCCUCUUCUCGCCCAGCCCCAAGAUGGGAAGUUACAAGGCGUCCGCGUUGGUGGUUGCUCUUCUGUCCGCUCUGGUGAGGGCGGAUUAUCACUCGGAGAGUUACAAGGUGGUGCGGAUCGGCGGCGACCAAGCGCCCUACGGAAGACCUUGGUUUCUCGAUGAGUACGCCGCCCCCUACUACAGUCCCGUGGCAGCCGCUUUCGAAUCGGUCGCGGAACAACGCUCGCCGGAAGUGUACGAGUACCCUGCGGAGGACGGACGCUCCGCCGUCGGUGGAAAACGUCAUCCGAUAGAGGACAAAAACUUCAAAAAAUCCAUAUCGCCGUUCUACACACUGACCGACUCGGACAGCCCGAAAUACAAGUCGAUAGUCCUAAAGUCCGGCGUCCCCUACUGUCAGGAGACGAAAAGUCGGGUGCCCGGGAAACGCUUUCGACGGGACGCUAUGACCUGUAUAAAGUGCAAAGAUCCUAAAAACGGUUUGACCCACGAACAGUGUUCGUACACCUCUGAUCCCCAGGAGGCGAAAGGGUACGAGACGUCAUCCUCGGUGCGUAGAUACCGAAGAUCGAACGGCGGGGUCGAGUCGGGAGCUACGCCGAAGGGGGACGCUUCUCUGGAGGACGACGGAAGAUCGACGGAAACGGGACCGGGAUUCAGAUUCGGGGACGAAUACUUCGCACCGGCAGCGUCCGACGAGAUUGUGAAAAAGCACAAGGAACAAACGGAGAACUGCGAAAAGAUCGUCAAGGAUUCCAUGGUGUGCAUGGUCUGCAAAGACCCGAAGACCAAUGGAAAGUACGAACAGUGCUCGUACACGAAUCAGCCGAACGAGAAGGCCUACAGUUACAGCCGGUCGAGGACCUCCGGGAAUCCCGCGGGAGAAAAAGGAGGUGAAUCGGAGACCGGGGAGCGGGGCAACACGGCCAAGAGAGAAUACCCGGGAUCGGCGGGGGUCGAGGACCACGGAGCUGAGGAGUCGCACCAUCCGGAAGUGGACAAAUACUUCGAGGAACAGACGUCGGCUAUCAAAGAGCGAAGCCCCAAGUACGAGGAAGGGGGUUUCGGAGAAUCGGAGGGAGCGGCUAAACUCGAAUCCGGUUCCGAGAGCGCGAAGGACGGUACCUGCAAGAAAAUCGUCAAGGACACAAUGGUGUGCACGGUGUGCGCGAACCCGAAAACUGGCGGAAAUUACGAACAGUGUUCGUACGCCUACCAGCCGAACGACAAGAUCUACCAAUUCAGCAAACAGAAAUCAUUCGGUUAUCCGGAUAAAAAUGACGGAGAAUCGAGCGGUAAAUAUUCAUCCGCAACCGAGACAAAACCGAAUUACGAAACGUCCGCUUACGGCGAAGAAGCUGCGAAAAAAAAUGACGACUACCCCGGUUAUCGGGAGCCGGCCAGCUACCGCGAUUCCUCCGACGAGGGUUCGGGAGAAGCCGGUAAAAAUUCGGAGGCGAGCUACCGCGACGAGCCGUCGGAGAACCGGGAGAGUUACGACUACUCGCCCUACAAAAUCGGCGGCACCGGCGAGGACGAGAAGUCGGAAUCCGAGCGAAUAUCCGAUAAAAUCGACAAGGAGGCGGACUGCAAGAAGGUCGAAAAGGACACCAUGACCUGCAUGGUCUGCAAGGACCCGAAGACCGGCGGCAACUACGAGCAGUGCUCGUACGCCUAUCGGCCCAACGACAAACUAUUCGCUUUCAGCACCGCCAAGUCCUUCGGCUCGCCGGAAGCCGAUGAUAAGGGAUCGGACUACGGUUCAACAUCGAGGGAAUACGGACUGGCGUCGGACAGCCAGCCCUACGUGGCGAGCGAUUCCGCAAGUUUCGAGCAACCCCGUUCGGUCGAAGGCGGCGGGCCGUUGGGCGUCGGGGACUUUUACAGCACGGCGAAAAAAAAAGAGGCCAUCGACAAGGUACUGAGCGAGUUCGAGAAGGAGGACAGAUCGAAAUGCAAGAAGAUACUGCGCGACAAACUCACUUGUUUCCAGUGCACCGACAAAGAGGGGAUGCAGAAGGAAGAGUGCAUCUUCGUGGCGGCCCGGAAACCCGCCAAGGAUCGCUUAGCUUAUCGAGAGGUCAAGGAAUUCCAGAGGAAUCCCGAGGCCGAUGGGGGUAGGAAACGGAAACGGAAGACGCGCAAGACGUCGCCGAAGCAUUCGUACGCGGAACCCGUGCCCGCGGGGACCGAAAACGUGGAACGGAGCGCCCCGGAGGACGCGGAGUCGCAGGAGGACGUCGGGGAACGAGAGAGCGUGGAAGCCGCGGAGUCGGAGCCCUACAAUUUCGCCGAGGAAACUAAACCCACGUACGACAAAGUCCUGGGGCUCACCCUGCCCCGUUACAUGCUGACCACUUCGGAACACGAGGCUGAAUUCGACGAGGUCGUUGCCUCGAGUAGACUGUAAUCGCAGGACGACGCGGAAAACGCCCAAAGGAGUCUCGAAACGAUAUCCAUUCGAUUCGCAUCCGUGUAAAGGAGUUUUAAGGAUUACAGUAACAAUCGUGUUAUUUAUUAUUUGCAUGAGUGCCGUAUAUCGAUGUUA